GUUUUUAAGAACAUCAAAUCAAGUGUAUUCAAAAUUUUUUUUUUUUUAAAUAAUGGCAACAAAUUAUGAACAAUUGAGCGAAGUGAAUGAUAAUCUGCAAAAAAUUCAUUUAAGUGCAGACAUAAAGAGCAGGGAAUUAUUCAAUUUAGAAGUACGUAGCACAAGAUUAGCAAAUGAUAUUAUGUAUUUACAAGAUUCGAUAAAGGAUCAAUCUACAAGUGGACGUAUGUUAGAUAAGAAUGUAUUAAGCGAAGAACGCCGUUCACAUGAAGUCGAAGGUGAUACAAAUGAAUUUGAAAAUUUGGAAACAUUAAAAAAUCGUCAUACGGAAAAUUUGAACAAAAUCUUUGAAGAAAUUCAAUUGAGACAAAAAAAAAGACGGGAAGAAUAUCAACAAUUGAUGAUGACUAUGAUUGAUCGUGCACGGAUGAAUCCUACGACUUAUAAAUCACUUGAAACGAUUAAAAGGAAUGUUGAACAAAUUAAAACUGAAUACUUAUCGGUGGAAGAACAAUUAAAAGAAGUUCAAAAUGAAUUAAAGAUUUUAAAAACCAAAUUUUCAGAUCCAGAUUUAGACAGUGAAAUUAAUUCGAUUGAUACUUUCAUGGAUAAUACUUAUCAAGAAUACAUGAAUCCAGAACCCAUGAACUCAUUGUUAACUGAAAUUCAACAACUUAACACAGAAACUGAAGAAUACCGGCGUAAUUAA